AUGGCUACCACACGAAGAUCCAAAAGGAUCGAAUCCAAAAGCGCACGUGAGGAGCAUGUAGAGGUGGAAAAUGUUGUGACUGCUACUACGAACGAAGACGACGAUGAUGACGACGAUGAAGCUCCAGAAGAAGUAUCGACUCCCGAACCGGGCAAGAAUAGCAAAAAGAAGCAAACUGCCAAGGCACGAAAACAGCAAAAGAAGGAAGCGAUGAAAUCCAAGGCUACUGGUGUCGGUCUCAAGAUUUCCAUUGAGGCCGCCGCAACAAAAAACAAGAAAAUUGUAUUUGGUGACGAUGAGGAUGUGGAAGAUGAACCAGUAGAGGAAGAAGGUGAACCUGAGAAUGAUGAUAACGAGGAAGAGAGUGACGACGAUGAUGAUGACGCUAUCGAAGAAGUGACAGGUUCCAAGGCACGAGAAGAUAUUCUGGAACAAUUGAAUGUGGAAGAAAAGUUGGCAACGAAAUCGAAAAAGAAGCGCAAAAAGCGAGAACGAAAGCAAGUUGAAGACGAAGAGGGUGAAAGUGACGACGAGUUUGACGAAGCCUUCUUUGCAGAACUGGAAGCGGCAAAGGCAGAAGAGCAAAGAGAACUGGCAAAGACCAAACGAAAGGGAAAGCAUACUACCUUUGUUGUAUCUCACGACGAGGACGACAUGGACGAUACUCCCAGAGAGGUGGAUGACAAUAUACAAGUAGUCGUGCUCAAGAAUCCACUACAGGAUUCUACGGCAAAUGCCAUUGCUGCUGUCCCUACCAACAAACUAUCCCAGCAAGCCACCAUGUUUUCUCGAGGUUCCCUUGACAAUGGAUCCGACGGAGUGGCGCGCGGUGCCACUGGCAAGAAGCGAAAGUGGCAAGUGGACAACACGUGGAAGCGAUCGAAGAAAAUGAAGAAUAUGGUCCGAGUGAAUCGUGGGGGCAGAGGCGGCAAAAACAAGAGCUUGGCUCCCACUAUUUUUGUCACGAAGUGA